GACUGAGUCCGCGAUGGAGAGAGAAAAGGAACAGUUUCGUAAACUCUUUAUUGGUGGCUUAAGUUUUGAAACCACAGAAGAAAGUCUGAGGAACUACUGCAAGCAAUGGGGAAAACUGACAGACUGUGUGGUUAUGAGGGAUCCUGCAACCAAAAGAUCGAGAGGAUUUGGUUUUGUAACUUUCUCAUCCAUGGCUGAGGUUGACGCUGCCAUGGCUGCAAGACCUCAUUCAAUUGAUGGGAGAGUAGUUGAACCAAAACGUGCUGUAGCAAGAGAGGAGUCUGGCAAACCAGGGGCUCACGUGACUGUGAAGAAACUGUUUGUUGGUGGAAUUAAAGAGGAUACUGAGGAGCAUCACCUUAGAGAUUACUUUGAAGAAUGUGGAAAAAUUGAUACCAUUGAAAUAAUCACUGAGGAGCAGGCAGUCUGGGAAAAAGGUUUUGGCUUUGUUACUUUUUAUGACCAUGAUCCUGUGGAUAAAACUGUGUUGCAAAAAUACCACACCAUUAAUGGUCAUAAUGCAGAAGUAAGAAAGGCUUUGUCUAGACAAGGAAUGCAGGAAGUCCAAAGUUCUAGGAGUGGAAGAGGAGGGAACUUUGGUUUUGGGGAUUCACGUGGAGGCGGUGGGAAUUUUGGACCAGGACCAGGAAGUAACUUUAGAGGAGGCUCUGAUGAAUAUGGAAGUGGACGUGGAUUUGGGGAUGGCUAUAAUGGGUAUGGAGGAGGACCUGGAGGUGGCAAUUUUGGAGGUAUGGUUAUGGAGGAGGAAGGAGGAUACGGUGGUGGAGGACCUGGAUAUGGAAACCAGGGUGGGGGCUACGGAGGUGGUUAUGACAACUAUGGACGAGGGAAUUACGGAAGUGGAAAUUACAAUGAUUUUGGAAAUUAUAACCAGCAACCUUCUAACUAUGGUCCAAUGAAAAGUGGAAACUUUGGUGGUAGCAGGAACAUGGGGGGACCAUAUGGUGGAGGAAAUUAUGGUCCAGGAGGCAGUGGAGAAAGUGGGGGUUAUGGUGGAAAGAGCAGAUACUGAGCUUCUUCCUAUUUGCCAUGGGCUUCACUGUAUAAAUAGGAGACGAUGAGGCCCCAAAG